AUGAAUUAUUAAACAGUUUGGGAGUAAAUUAAGGUUUAUGAACCCCAUUGUCAAGAUUUCCAUUUCCUUGAUCUCCAAAGGGUUAAUGCUAAAUUAACAAUCACUAACAAUUAUAUUUAUUAUGGGUAAUUUGAAAACAAUCAAAGACAUGGAAAAGGCAUACUUUUAUAAUAAAACGGACGCAAAUACGAAGGCUAAUGGCAACAUGAUUAGAAGCAAGGUUAUGGAUGGGAAUUUUUGGCCAAUGGAUCUCAAUAUGAGGGCAAUUAUGUAACCGGAAAACCUCACGGGCAAGGCAAAUUCAUUUGGGCCAAUGGAGAAGUGUAUGAAGGUCAAUGGAACCAAGGGGUAAAAGAGGGUUAAGGCACAUGGCAUGGAUUGAACGGAGAACAAUAUUAAGGGGAAUGGAGCAAUAACAUAGCUUUUGGGUAUGGCGAACAUAUUCAAAGUAAUGGAGAUCGGUAUGUUGGACAUAUCAAAGGCUGGCUUAAAAAUGGAGAAGGUUAAGAAUACUUUAGCAAUGGAGACAUGUAUUAAGGGAACUAUCUAAAUGGCAAACCGCAUGGAUAUGGAGAAUACUAUUGGAGUAAUGGAGCGGUAUUUUAAGGUUAUUUUAAAGAUGGAUUGAGGUAUGGAAAAGGAAUUUGGAAAAGAAGACUAGAUUCCCCAACGGAUCAAUAUCAAGGGGAAUAUGAUGAAGAUAAGAAAAAUGGAUAUGGAAUAUAUAAAUGGUCUAAUGGCAAUGAGUAUCGGGGAGCCUUCAUCAAUGAUUACAAACAUGGAUAUGGAGAAAUGCAUUAUGUUGAUGGCAUGGUACUAAAGGGAAAUUGGGAAUAAGGGAAAUUAGUGAGCGAAAUUAAAUCAAAUUCCCCUAAAAAAACAUAGUCAUCACUCAAUAAUCACAUGAAAAUAAUCGAUAACACUCAUUGCUUCAAUAAAAGUUGUCGAAAUAAGAAUAAAUAUAUUGAGAUUCAAUUCGAUAAUAAUAAUUAAGUCUAGAACAAUGGUUACAAUGACUCUGAAAAUGACAGGCUCAGUAAUUCAAACUUAGAUGGAGAAAAUAGUAAUAAAAAUGUGUAUAAACAAAAUAAUCCAUCAACUUCUUAAACACAUAGAACCACAAAAACGAUUCGAAUAAGGUAGUAUUAAAAGGAUAAAUCCUUAAGUAUGAGUCAAUAGAAUUAAUAUUAUGGAUCAUCAAGUCCCAACAGAGAUAUUUCAGAGAAGAAUGUAAAACAAAAAACCUAAACUAAAUUCUGCAUCAGGACUUCAGAUAAUUACUACCUACAGAUAAGAAGACCCAAAAUACACUCCUAAUACUGCAAUUGA